GUGUGCCCUCUUUCUGCCUGACCUUGCAGAAAAAUGGCAGUCGACUACUUUUUGCAUGAGAAGAUCUGGUUUGAGAAAUACAAGUAUGACGAUGCUGAGAGAAGAUACUAUGAGCAGAUGAACGGGCCAGUUGGCAGCUCUUCCCACCAGCAGAGUGCAAGCACAACCUCUUCUGGGCCUGCUGGUGACCAAAAUGAACUCCUUUCCAGAAUUUCUCACCUGGAGGUAGAAAAUCAAAACCUUCGCAGUGUUGUUGCAGACCUUCAGAUGGCCAUCUUCAAGUUGGAAAGCCGCCUGAAUGCUCUGGAAAAGUCAUCUACCUCCCACCAGCCCUCACCGGUUCCUCCAACCCAGAAAGUGGAACCCUUCAGCGUUCCCUCCAAGAAAGUGGAGCUCCCAUCUGCUUCACCGGCAAAAAAAGCUCAACCAGCUGCCGCAGAGGAAGAUGAUGAUGAUGACAUCGACCUUUUUGGUAGUGAUGAUGAAGAGGAAGACCAAGAGGCUGCCAAAGUCCGGGAGGAGAGACUGCGUCAGUACGCAGAGAAGAAGGCCAAGAAACCGGGUCUUAUUGCCAAGUCUUCUAUCCUUCUGGAUGUGAAGCCAUGGGACGAUGAGACUGACAUGGCGAAGAUGGAGGAGUGUGUCCGGUCCAUCCACAUGGACGGGCUGGUGUGGGGAGCCUCCAAGCUGGUCCCAGUAGGCUAUGGUAUUAAGAAGCUCCAAAUCCAGUGUGUGGUGGAGGAUGACAAAGUCGGGACAGACAUCCUGGAGGAGGAGAUCACCAAGUUUGAAGACUACGUGCAAAGCGUUGACAUUGCUGCUUUUAACAAGAUCUAGAAGGAAAACUGUAUCCCCUCUGAAACUGUAACUAAUAAAGAUCAGGAUUGGGAGUGCAG